GAAAAAAAGGAUAAUGAUCCUCCAACUGCAAAUUCCAUCCCCGCCUAAAUUGCAGCUCGCUCAAACCGCCGUCGCCGUCGCCGGCUGCCUCUGCAACGGCUCUACCUCUACCGAUUCUGGUCUCAAUUUCCGUCGGAAGAUACUCUACCUCCAAUCCUUAAACGUAAACCACAAAAAGGCGCUAGACCUAAACCCUACACUCCGCUCCACCCCUCUCUCCGCUCUCCAUUCCAUCACCCAAUGCCUCUCCUCCAUGGGACUCGACAUCGCCGCAGUAGGCCGCAUCCUAGACAUGCACCCGAAGCUCCUCACCACCGAUCCCUACGCCGACAUUUACCCAAUCUUCGAUUUUUUGCUUCACACCGUCGAAAUCCCCUUCCCCGAGAUUAGGAAGUCGAUCACCCGGUGCCCUAGGAUCCUCGUCUCCGAUCUGGAAGCUCAAUUGAAGCCGGCAUUUGAGUUUCUAUCCGAAUUAGGCUUCGUAGGGGCGAACAAAUUGACGUCGCAGACGACAGUGCUUCUGGUAUCGAGCGUGGAGCGCACACUGGUGCCGAAGAUUGAAUUUCUGACUAGAUUGGGGAUUGAGUAUGUCGAGGUGAGGAAUAUGGUGCUCCGAUCCCCGGGGCUGUUGACGUUCAGCGUGGAGAAGAAUUACGCGCCAAAAUUGGAGUACUUUCUGAAGGAGAUGAAUGGAGAUUUGGGUGAAAUUAAGAGGUUUCCGCAGUAUUUCUCGUUCAGUUUGGAGAUGAAGAUUAUACCGCGGCAUCGGCUUUUGAUAGAACACGGUGUUUCAAUGUCGUUGCCGGAGAUGUUGAAAGUUAGCGACGGUGAAUUCAAUGUUCAAUUGAUUGAGAAACGCCUCCAAAUGGCGGGGGAUCAGCCAUUGUAGCUUUUAUAAGUAUAAUUGUCUAAUUUAGUAAUUUAUGUAUAUUGUUGCUGUCUUUGGAUGAUGAUGAUGAUGAUGAUGAUGAUGAGAUUGUGUAUAUGGUUAUAUUUUAAUGCAAGAUUCAAAAUUUUGUUGUGUUAUUGAUGUCUGUUUCCAGUUCUUGUUUCUUUCUUUGCAAAGGAG